AUGGCUAAUCUUGUCGAAGAAAAGUCACCCUUAAUCGGCAUUGCCAAUAGGGAUUUCGUAAGUGAUGAACUAGUUUUAUCAAAUAAUAUACCUCUUCAAACACGAUCAUCAAAUUUACAUUGUCAUGUAUCGGAUGAUAAAUUUGAUUAUAAUGCACGAAAUCGUCUUAUUAUUGUCUUUGUUCUCUGUGUUAUUUUUAUGAUCAUUGAGCUUGUUGGUGGUAUUAUUUCGAAUUCAACAGCAGUAGCAAGCGAUGCAGCACAUAUGUCUAUUGAUGCAGUUAGUAUUCUUAUAUCAUUAGUAUCAAUAUAUUUAACUAGAAAACGACCAACACAAAAACUGUCAUAUGGUUAUAUUCGAGCAGAAGUUCUUGGAGCACUUUUAAGUGUUUUGACUAUAUGGAUAGCUAGUGGUAUUCUUGUUUAUAUGGCAAUUCUUCGUUGUAUUGAUCAAACUUUUGAAAUAAAGCCAACUGAAAUGAUUAUUGUUUCAGCAUUUGGUGUUUUUUUCAAUAUAGUAAUGUUUGCUGUAUUACAUUUUGAUAUAUGUUCUCAUGGAAUUUCUCAUCAUGGACAUACUCAUAAUCAUAAUCAUAAUCAUUUACAUGACGAUCAAUCAUCAGUUAUGAAUAUUGAAUCUCAACAUGAAAAUUCUAAACAAAUAAAAUCAUCAGAAAAUAUUAAUGUUCGAGCAGCUAUAAUUCAUAUUGCUGGUGAUUUUCUUCAAAGUAUUGCUGUUCUAAUAGCUGCUAUAAUUAUUAAAGUUAAACCUGAAUAUAAAUUAGCUGAUCCAAUAUGUACUUUUAUUUUCUCAAUAGUAGUUGCUAUAACAACAUUUACUGUAAUGCGUGAUAUUAUUUUUGUUCUUAUGGAAGCUGUUCCAUCAAAUGUUAAUUAUACAAAAAUAACUGAUGAUCUUCAUCGAUUGUCAGGUGUUCGUAAUGCACAUAGUUUACAUAUUUGGUCAUUAUCAAUGCAAAGAACAGCAUUAUCAGUUCAUUUAGCAAUAGAUAAUGAACAUGAUCAUUUAACAGUUUUGAAUGAAGCUCAAGAAAUGCUUCGUCGUCAACAUUCGAUAACAAGAGUAACAAUUCAAAUUGAACCAUAUGAUGAAUAUAUAAUGAAUUCAUGUGAAAAUUGUCGCCAACUAGACAGUAAAUAA